AUGUCUUCAUUUUAUUUUAACUCUCCUUCUUUCUAUGUCUUGUUAUCAUUCUUCUGCUUGUUCUUAUUUAGCUCAGUUCAAGUUGGCUUGGCUACUGAACCGAACAUCAGUUUGGGUUCAAAGUUAUCAGCUAGUGAACCGAACCGGGUAUGGGUUUCCGCUAACGGUACUUUUGCAAUCGGGUUUACUCAAUUCAAACCAACCGACCGGUUCUUACUGAGCAUUUGGUUCGCACAACUUCCCGGUGAUCCAACCAUCGUUUGGUCUCCCAAUAGAAACUCCCCAGUCACAAAAGAAGCCGUCUUGGAGCUAGAAGCAACCGGAAACCUCGUACUCACCGACCAAACCACCAUCAUCUGGGCCUCAAACACCUCAAACCACGGCGUGGAAUCAGCGGUCAUGUCCGAAGCAGGAAACUUCCUCCUCCUUGGGUCCCAAGUUACCUCCUCUCCAGCCAUUUGGCAGAGCUUUUCACAACCUGCCGACACUCUCCUCCCAAACCAACCCUUAACCGUUUCUCUAGAACUAACCUCUAACCCUUCACCGUCUCGUCAUGGCCACUACUCCCUAAAGAUGCUUCAGCAACACACUUCGCUUAGCCUCGGUCUAACCUACAACAUCAAUCUUGACCCUCACGCAAACUACUCAUACUGGUCCGGACCAGAGAUUUCAAAUGUCACGGGCGAUGUUACCGCGGUUCUUGACGAUACGGGAAGCUUCAAGAUCGUAUACGGAGAAUCCUCUACAGGAGCAGUGUAUGUCUACAAGAAUCCGGUAGACGAAAACCGGAACUAUAACAACAAUAGUAGUAAUUCCCGGUUAACGAAAAACCGGAUUCUGCGGAGAUUGGUAUUAGAGAACAACGGUAAUCUCCGGUUAUACCGAUGGGACAACGACAUGAACGGUUCAAGCCAAUGGGUACCUGAAUGGGCAGCCGUAUCAAAUCCAUGUGACAUAGCUGGGAUAUGCGGUAACGGAGUAUGUAACUUGGACCGGACCAAGAAAAACGCUGACUGUUUAUGUCUGCCCGGUUCGGUUAAGCUUCCUGAUCAAGAAAACAAUAAACUCUGUUCAGACAACUCAUCUCUGGUCCAAGAAUGCGAAAGAAACAUCAACCGUAACGGUACCUUCAAGAUCUCAACGGUCCAAGAGACUAACUACUACUUCUCAGAACGUUCUGUUAUCUCUAAUUACAGCGAUAUCGGUAACGUGAGUAAAUGCGGUUCGAUGUGUUUGUCUGAUUGCAAAUGUGUUGCUUCGGUUUACGGUUUAGAUGAUGAGAAGCCUUAUUGUUGGAUUCUAAAGAGCCUGAACUUUGGCGGGUUUAAAGAUCCUGGUUCGACACUUUUCGUGAAGACUAGAGCUAAUGAGUCUUAUCCUUUCAAUAAUGAUGAUGAUAAGGAUUCUAAAUCGCAUAAAAGCCAUGGGUUAAGACAGAAGGUUCUUGUGAUACCUAUAGUUGUGGGGAUGCUUGUUCUUGUAGCACUACUUGGUAUGUUGUUAUACUAUAAUAUAGAUAGGAAGAGAACACUAAAGAGAGCUUCAAAGAACUCGCUGAUCCUUUGUGAUUCUCCUGUGAGUUUUACUUACCGUGAUCUUCAGAACGCUACAAAUAACUUCUCCCAACUUCUUGGAUCAGGUGGAUUUGGGACAGUAUACAAAGGAAGCGUAGCGGGUGAAACGCUGGUCGCGGUGAAGAGAUUAGAUAGAGUGUUAUCUCAUGGAGAGCGAGAGUUUAUCACUGAAGUCAAUACCAUUGGUUCAAUGCAUCACAUGAACUUAGUUCGUUUGUGUGGUUACUGCUCCGAAGACUCACACCGGCUUUUAGUUUACGAGUUCAUGAUAAAUGGGUCGUUAGACAAAUGGAUAUUCUCUUCAAACCGGAUAGCCACGCUGCUUGAUUGGCGCACACGUUUUGAGAUAGCGGUGGCAACUGCGCAGGGGAUAUCUUAUUUUCAUGAACAGUGUAGAAAUAGGAUCAUUCACUGCGACAUUAAACCUGAGAACAUCUUGUUGGAUGAAAACUUCUGUCCUAAAAUAUCAGAUUUUGGGUUGGCUAAGAUGAUGGGGAGAGAGCAUUCUCAGGUGGUUACAAUGAUUAGAGGGACGAGAGGGUAUCUAGCUCCGGAAUGGGUGAGUAACCGGCCGAUCACAGUGAAGGCAGAUGUGUAUAGCUAUGGAAUGCUUCUUCUUGAGAUUGUUGGUGGUAGGAGAAAUCUUGAUGUGUCCUUUAACGCUGAGGAUUUCUUUUACCCUGGAUGGGCUUACAAGGAACUAACGAAUGGGACAGCCUUGAAGGCUGUGGAUAGAAGGCUACAAGGAGUAGCAGAGGAAGAACAAGUAGUAAAAGCUCUUAAAGUGGCUUAUUGGUGCAUACAAGACGACGUAUCAAUGAGGCCGUCAAUGGGAGAAGUGGUGAAGCUUUUAGAAGGUUCUUCAGACGAGAUUAAUCUGCCUCCAAUGCCACAAACGAUUUUAGAACUUAUUGAUGAAGGACUGGAAGAUGUGUACAGAGCGUUGAGGAGAGAGGUUAAUAACCAGCUUAGUUCUUUCACUGUUAAUACAUUGACAACCUCUCAAAGUUACCAUUCUUCCUCUCGGUCUCAUGCUACUUGUAGUUACUCUUCCAUGUCUCCUAGGUAGUUCUUUUUGUCAUUUUGUAGUUUGAGAUUAUUUCUCUGUUUGGCUAAUUAAAAUGUAAUCUUCACUCUCUUCGGCAUUUUUUUGUUUGUUUUGUGUUUGUUU